AUGAAGAUGGUAAAUAAGUUAGUGAUAAUAGCGAUUAUAUUAUUUGAAAUUUCAAGAAUAUUUUCGAUAGAAAAUAACUCUUCAAAAUUUGUGGCGGAGUUGAACAAGCUAUUGGUAAAUAAUAAAAUCUCAGACAACUACUGUGAUGAUGAAAGAAUAGGUUGCAGUAGGGGUCAGAUCAACAGGAUUAGAUUAUAUGCUACUGAGAUAUCUGCAUUUCCUGUAGGGAUUACAAUGAUUAAAGAUACAUUAAACAAGUUAACAAUGAUACAAGCAAACCUGAAAGGUAAUAUUCCGAAUGAACUCUAUGAACUGACUGAAUUGCAAUAUCUGAAUCUGAAAGGAAACAAAUUUGAUGGUAGCCUAAAUAAUAAUAUUAAAAAUUUGAAGAAAUUAUAUUAUCUUGAUUUAAGUGAAUCAAAUUUGUCUGGACCGAUACCUAAUGGUCUAUAUUCAUUGACUGUAUUGAAGUAUCUGUAUCUACAAGGGAACAUGUUUAAUGGUAGUAUAAGUAAUAAUAUUGGAAAUCUGAAUAAGUUAUUAUAUCUUGAUCUAAGUAACUCAAAUAUAUCUGGACCAAUACCUGAUAGUCUAUAUUCAUUAACUAAACUACAAUAUCUGAAUCUACAAUAUAACAAGUUUAAUAAUAGUUUAAAUGAUAAUAUCAGAAAUCUGAAUAAAUUAUAUCAUCUUGAUCUAAGUAACUCAAAUAUAUCUGGUGAGAUACCUGAUGGUCUAUAUUCAUUAACUAAACUACAAUAUCUGAAUCUACAAAAUAACAAGUUUAAUAAUAGUUUAAAUGAUAAUAUCAGAAAUCUGAAUAUGUUAUCAUAUCUUGAUCUAAGUAACUCAAAUAUAUCUGGACCAAUACCUGAUGGUCUAUAUUCAUUAACAGAACUACAAUAUCUGAAUCUACAAAAUAACAAAUUUAAUAAUAGUUUAAAUGACAAUAUCAGAAAUCUGAAUAUGUUAUUACACCUUAACUUAAGCAACUCAAAUAUAUCUGGACCAAUACCUGAUGGUCUAUAUUCAUUAACUAAACUACAAUAUCUGAAUCUACAAUAUAACAAGUUUAAUAAUAGUUUAAAUGAUAAUAUCAGAAAUCUGAAUAUGUUAUUACACCUUAACUUAAGCAACUCAAAUAUAUCUGGACCAAUACCUGAUGGUCUAUAUUCAUUAACUAAACUACAAUAUCUGAAUCUACAAUAUAACAAAUUUAGUAGUAGUUUAAAUGAUAAUAUCAGAAAUCUGAAUAUGUUAUCAUAUCUUGAUCUAAGUAACUCAAAUAUAUCUGGUGAGAUACCUGAUGGUCUAUAUUCAUUAACUGAGUUAGAACAUAUGGAAUUAGGAGGUAACAAAUUUAAUAAUAGUUUAAAUGAUAAUAUCAGAAAUCUGAAUAAGUUAUCAUAUCUUAAUUUAAAUGAAUUAAAACUGUUUGGUAAGAUACCUGAUGGUCUCUACUCGCUGACUGAAUUGCAACAUCUGUAUUUGGGAGGUAACAAAUUUAGUGGUAGUUUAAAUGACAAUAUCAGAAAUCUGAAUAGGUUAUCAUAUCUUGAUCUAAGUAACUCAAAUAUAUCUGGUGAGAUACCUAAUGGUCUAUAUUCAUUAAUUGAGUUAGAACAUAUAGAAUUAGGAGGCAACAAAUUUAAUAAUAGUUUAAAUGACAAUAUCAGAAAUCUGAAUAAAUUAUAUUAUCUUGAUCUAAGUAACUCAAAUAUAUCUGGACCAAUACCUGAUGGUCUAUAUUCAUUGACUAGGUUGAAGUAUCUGAAUCUAAAAUGGAACAAAUUUAACAAUAGUUUAAAUGAUAAGAUUAAAUCUCUGAGUGAAUUAUAUCAUCUUGAUCUAAGUAACUCAAAUAUAUCUGGACCAAUACCUAAUGGUCUAUAUUCAUUAACUAAACUACAAUAUCUGAAUCUACAAUAUAACAAGUUUAAUAAUAGUUUAAAUGACAAUAUCAGAAAUCUGAAUAUGUUAUAUCAUCUAAAUUUAAGUAACUCAAAUAUAUCUGGUGAGAUACCUGAUGGUCUAUAUUCAUUAACUAAACUACAAUAUCUGAAGCUACAAAAUAACAAAUUUAGUAGUAGUUUAAAUGAUAAUAUCAGAAAUCUGAAUAUGUUAUCAUAUCUUGACCUAAGUAACUCAAGUAUAUCUGGUGAGAUACCUGAUGGUCUAUAUUCAUUAACUAAACUACAAUAUCUGAAUCUAAAAAAUAACAAAUUUAACAAUAGUUUAAAUGAUAAUAUCAGAAAUCUGAAUAUGUUAUCAUACAUUGAUCUAAGUAACUCAAAUAUAUCUGGACCAAUACCUAAUGGUCUAUAUUCAUUAACUAAACUACAAUAUCUGAAUCUAAAAAAUAACAAAUUUAGUAGUAGUUUAAAUGAUAAUAUCAGAAAUCUGAAUAUGUUAUCAUAUCUUGAUCUAAGUAACUCAAGUAUAUCUGGACCAAUACCUGAUGGUCUAUAUUCAUUAACUAAACUACAAUAUCUGAAUCUACAAUAUAACAAGUUUAAUAAUAGUUUAAAUGAUAAUAUCAGAAAUCUGAAUAUGUUAUCAUACAUUGAUCUAAGUAACUCAAAUAUAUCUGGUGAGAUACCUGAUGGUCUAUAUUCAUUAACUAAACUACAAUAUCUGAAGCUACAAAAUAACAAAUUUAGUAGUAGUUUAAAUGAUAAUAUCAGAAAUCUGAAUAUGUUAUCAUAUCUUGAUCUAAGUAACUCAAAUAUAUCUGGUGAGAUACCUGAUAGUCUAUAUUCAUUGACUGAAUUAAAACAUCUGAAUCUACAAUAUAACAAAUUUAAUAAUAGUUUAAAUGAUAAUAUCAGAAAUCUGAAUAUGUUAUCAUAUCUUGAUCUAAGUAACUCAAAUAUAUCUGGACCAAUACCUGAUGGUCUAUAUUCAUUAACUAAACUACAAUAUCUGAAGCUACAACAUAACAAAUUUAAUAAUAGUUUAAAUGACAAUAUCAGAAAUCUGAAUAUGUUAUCAUACAUUGAUCUAAGUAACUCAAAUAUAUCUGGACCAAUACCUGAUGGUCUAUAUUCAUUAACUAAACUACAAUAUCUGAAUCUACAACAUAACAAAUUUAGUAGUAGUUUAAAUGAUAAUAUCAGAAAUCUGAAUAAGUUAUCAUAUCUUAAUUUAAAUGAAUUAAAACUGUUUGGUAAGAUACCUGAUGGUCUCUACUCGCUGACUGAAUUGCAACAUCUGUAUUUGGGAGGUAACAAAUUUAGUGGUAGUUUAAAUGAUAAUAUCAGAAAUCUGAAUAUGUUAUCAUAUCUUGAUCUAAGUAACUCAAAUAUAUCUGGUGAGAUACCUAAUGGUCUAUAUUCAUUAACUAAACUACAAUAUCUGAAGCUACAAAAUAACAAAUUUAGUGGUAGUUUAAAUGACAAUAUCAGAAAUCUGAAUAUGUUAUCAUAUCUUGACCUAAGUAACUCAAAUAUAUCUGGUGAGAUACCUGAUGGUCUAUAUUCAUUAACUAAACUACAAUAUCUGAAGCUACAAAAUAACAAAUUUAGUGGUAGUUUAAAUGACAAUAUCAGAAAUCUGAAUAUGUUAUCAUAUCUUGACCUAAGUAACUCAAAUAUAUCUGGUGAGAUACCUGAUGGUCUAUAUUCAUUAACUAAACUACAAUGUCUGAAGCUACAAAAUAACAAGUUUAAUAAUAGUUUAAAUGACAAUAUCAGAAAUCUGAAUAUGUUAUAUCAUCUUGAUCUAAGUAACUCAAGUAUAUCUGGUGAGAUACCUGAUGGUCUAUAUUCAUUAACUAAACUACAAUAUCUGAAGCUACAAAAUAACAAAUUUAGUAGUAGUUUAAAUGAUAAUAUCAGAAAUCUGAAUAUGUUAUCAUACAUUGAUCUAAGUAACUCAAAUAUAUCUGGUGAGAUACCUGAUAGUCUAUAUUCAUUAACUAAACUACAAUAUCUGAAGCUACAAUAUAACAAAUUUAGUAGUAGUUUAAAUGAUAAUAUCAGAAAUCUGAAUAUGUUAUCAUAUCUUGAUCUAAGUAACUCAAAUAUAUCUGGUGAGAUACCUGAUGGUCUAUAUUCAUUAACUAAACUACAAUAUCUGAAUCUACAAUAUAACAAGUUUAAUAAUAGUUUAAAUGACAAUAUCAGAAAUCUGAAUAUGUUAUAUCAUCUUGAUCUAAGUAACUCAAAUAUAUCUGGACCAAUACCUGAUGGUCUAUAUUCAUUAACUAAACUACAAUAUCUGAAGCUACAAAAUAACAAAUUUAGUGGUAGUUUAAAUGACAAUAUCAGAAAUCUGAAUAAGUUAUCAUAUCUUGAUCUAAGUAACUCAAAUAUAUCUGGUGAGAUACCUAAUGGUCUAUAUUCAUUAACUAAACUACAAUAUCUGAAUCUACAAAAUAACAAAUUUAGUGGUAGUUUAAAUGAUAAUAUCAGAAAUCUGAAUAUGUUGUAUCAUCUUGAUCUAAGUAACUCAAAUAUAUCUGGUGAGAUACCUGAUGGUCUGUAUUCAUUAACUGAGUUAGAACAUAUGGAAUUAGGAGGUAACAAAUUUAAUAAUAGUUUAAAUGAUAAUAUCAGAAAUCUGAAUAUGUUAUCACAUCUUAACUUAAGCAACUCAAAUAUAUCUGGACCAAUACCUAAUGGUCUAUAUUCAUUAACUAAACUACAAUAUCUAGACCUUACAGGUAACAGUAUUGAUGGUAUUUUGUCAUCUAGGAUUGGUAAUAUGAUUAUGUUAACUAGUCUAAAUCUGAGUUUUAAUCAAUUAAGUGGAAUUAUACCAAAUGAAAUCAGUAAUUUAAUCAACCUGAAAGAUUUAGAAAUGAGAGAGAAUCAAUUUGACGGUAUUAUUCCUGACCUGAGUCCUCUAAAAUAUUUGGUAACUAUGAAUAUUAGCUCAACAAAACAUACUCUGAAUGAUGAUAUAUGUAGGUUGGUGGAUAAUAUUGUAUGUGAUAAAAUAAAUAGUGUUAUGAGUGUGUGUAUAUGUAUGAAUGAUGUAUAUUGUGAAUAUAUAUAG